AUGCGCAUGGCCUGGCUGCCGCGGAGUUCGGGGCCGUGCCCCUCGUGCUUCCACUGCCGCCGUGCCGUCCACCCUGCGCUGGCCAAUCCAUCUUCGCAGCAGCUGCAGCCGGCACGGCGGCUCCACGGGCUGCCCGCCAGCAACCACACCGCAGCGCGAGCCAAAGCCCAGGCGGCGCCUCUGCGGCAUGCCGCGGCGCGUGAUGGGGCCGCCGACGCGGCGUCCGCGCGACCCGGUCCGCGAUUCGACUCACGCGAUCCGGUUCCCCGUUCGAAUUCGGCUCGACCAGAUCGCGAUCCGGUUCCCUCGUUCGAUCUGGCCGGUUCGCGAUCCAGUGUCCAGCUCGACUCGCCGGCGGCCCGCAGCCAUUCGGUGCCAGGCGAGCUACGGGUUUUACUGCUUCCCGAGUCGGCGCAGGCCAUCUGCUGGCAAAUCUGUUUUGCCCUGCGCCAUGGAGACAUGGGGCCGCAUCGACGACAGGCUCGACAAUCUCCUGGGCGAGAUGGCUGUUCUGGCAGCGCACAGGCAGCGGGAUCGCGGCAUUAUCCCCGCGCGGUGGCGAGCGAAGUGGCGCACUUUGCUCAGCAUCAGCGCCGCCGUGGCCAUCGGGCAGGCUCUGCUGGACGCGGCGCCCGCGCAGUGCCGGCCCUGCGGCCCCGCGCGGAGCAGGGUGGUGCACGAGACUGGGGCGGGCGCCCUGGGGAGCCCCAGAUCAUCCGACACCGACGCCUCCAAGGACGGGGCCGAGGGUGCCGGCGCCGCGGCUGCGAAGCAGCCGGCCCGGGGAGGAGACCUGCCAGCGCGCCGCGGGACCCGAACGAGGCGGCGGUGGUCGAGCAGAUGCGCAAGAAUGGGUGGUCCCGCAAGGAGGCCGUCAAGUUCAUCGACGAGGGCGGGCUCGAGAUGGAGGAGAUGCGCAAGGAAAUGGACCACCCGAUGGACGCCAUCUUCGAGGAGGCGAAGAAGAACGGCCCGCCGAAGUGGUUCAGGGACAUGAUGGAGGAAAAGGAGCAGAAGGACCGAGAGGAGGCCGCCGCCGCCGCCCUCGCCGCGGGGGCGGCCGCGCCCGAGCUGCCGGACCCGCCGGCGGCGCCGAGUGCGCUGGGCCCCGCCUAG